GCGGCGGCUCGUGAGUCCCGGUCCCUCCCAGCGCGGCCUCCCCGCCCCGCCCGGCCCGGCCCGGCCCGGCGGCCCCGGCAGGAGAACCCAGCUGCCAAGGCUGUCGUGUUAUGACGACCCCCAACAAAGGAAACAAGGCCUUGAAGGUGAAGAGGGAGCCAGGCGAGAAUGGGACCAGCCUGACAGACGAGGAGCUGGUGACCAUGUCUGUGCGCGAGCUGAACCAGCACCUGCGGGGCCUGUCCAAGGAGGAGAUCAUCCAGCUGAAGCAGCGGCGGCGCACGCUCAAGAACCGUGGCUACGCGGCCAGCUGCAGAGUGAAGCGCGUCACCCAGAAGGAGGAACUGGAGAAGCAGAAGGCAGAGCUGCAGCAAGAAGUGGAGAAGCUGGCCUCAGAGAACGCCAGCAUGAAAAUGGAACUUGAUGCUCUCCGCUCCAAAUAUGAGGCCCUGCAGAACUUCGCCAGAACCGUGGCCCGGAGCCCCGUGACCCCUGCACGGGGGCCUCUCGCCUCCGGUAUGGGGCCCCUCGUCCCUGGCAAGGUGGCUACCACCAGUGUCAUCACAAUAGUGAAAUCCAAAACGGACGCCCGGUCUUAGUGAAGCGAGCGUUGCCUGAGCUUGUCUGUGCAGGGCAGUUAGGCACAAAACCAGCCUGGAAUCCCCAAAGCACAAGCCCUCCCCACAUGGGUCUGGGUUCCUUUGACUUGGCCCAGGACUGGCCUGCUGAUCGCUCCAGUUUAUUUUGUUGUGUCCAGAUUGGUAUGAGCAGUGGUGAUGCAUCCCUUGUCCUGUGCAGACAGAGCUUCCCACCCAGCAGUCUGUAGCCCUCGGGUGCCCUGGGGACAGGCUGUGAGAUUUUGGUUUUCUACCCAAAGAAAAUCUGUGCAGCGUGGCUGAGAGAAGGGUGGAGGAGUGGCCCAAGGAAAGCUUUCUUCCUGGGGGCUGGGAACCCUUAUUUUCGGUUACUUCCAAAGGCUUUAUUCCAUGACUCUUCCAGGUGGUGCAUCUCAGCGCCUGAACCUGCUGCUUUUGUCUCCUUUGGUACCUGUAGUUACAGUUGGAGUGUUCUGUGUCCUAGGUUUUAUUCCUUUCUAGGUGUGCCUCUGUGCCCUAGCCGUGGGUGUCCCUCGGGCCGUGCCGUUGGCUGCGUGAGCUGGCAGUGCUGGGGGACGGCGCUGCCGCGUGCGGAGCCCCCGGAAGGAAGGAAGGAAGGAAGGCAGGAAGGAAGGAAGGCAGGAAGGAGGCAGCAGUGGGACUGUGUGGACUGCAGGCCGGUUUUGUGCCUAAUGUGUUGCACUGAACAAGACCAAAAUCACUAGUUGUUCCCGUGUUUCGAGGGUAUCAAGUGUCUCUAGUGUGAUGGUUUACACAACCAGUUUAUGUGGUUAAAUAGCCCUUUAUUUAAAGAGAGAAACAUCAUUUUAAGAAUUAUUAAAUUAUCUAAGUUUAAAAUUGGACAGAAGAGAGAGCGUAUUUAUAGUCAGCUUUUUUACCUGAGAAGGCGAGAAUAUUUGACCAUAUGAGUGGGGAAAUAUUCUCAGAGACUUUGCUAGUUAAAAGUUAAUAAAUAAAUAAUUUUAAAGUUUCUCAUGAACCUCCUGCAAACUGUUUGUGGCUCUGAGGUUAGUUUUUAUAAAGAGUUAUCAGACUUUAUUUAUAAAACUUAGAAAAAGACAAAAAAAGAGACAAGUCCUGUUUGAUAUCUUUUUGCAAUUGUACCAAAAGUGACUUAUUCUUGACCUGGCUAGUUUCUGUGGUGUCCCCUGGUGUUGGGCGCUCUCUCCCGAGCUCUUGUGCGGCGCUGUGGUGUGCUGGUGCCUUUGCCAUGUGCUGUCAUUUCACACUGUUGUCGUUUUCCCUAAACUCAACUGAGAGCGUGAGUUGGAAUCUCUCUGGAUUCUCCAGAAGGGUUCUGGUGCACGGGCGAAGGCGCUGCUGCUGUUUUUGGAGCCAGGAACGGCUGGCUGGUGCAGCGAGGCCUGCCCCGAGGAGCUCCUGCUCAGCAGCCAGUGCCAGGCUAGCUCGGUUGUCUGGGGAGGAAAUCACUGCACUCUUGUUGUGCAGCAAACCUGUCAGAGAAGUACCGUGAGGGAGACUCGUCCAGGCUUAGGGGAACACUGAUGGGAUUGAGCUCUGGAAUUAGAUCCUGUGGUCAGAACUUGUGUUGUGCUCACCUCAACAAGAGGGGCAGCGUGGGACAGGCUAGUCCUGGUGUCUGCACGUUGCUGGCCAGCGAGCUGUGGCAGGAUCACUGUCCUUCCUGGGGUGGCUUCUGCCCCGGGCUUUAGGAGAGGGCUCAGACUCACAGCUGGGAUGCAGCUGGGAAUCUGUCUGUGGCCAGGCUCCGUUUCCACAAACGCUUUGACUUCCCUCUCCCCUUCCCAAAGAUCUGAGCUGAUUUACUGAGUUUUAGAGAAGCAGGGCAUGAGGGGGAAGCCCAUGUGAUCUCCUGGCUGCUGAAGAUCUGAGUGGAGGGGGCAGACUGGGGAAACACGAGUGAAGCCACAGUCUGGUGGUGAGGUACAACUGUCCUGGAUAGGUUUUGGGGGUGUUUCUGGGUGCUGAACUGAUACUGCUGUCCCCUGAGCAGAGGGGCAGGCAGCCUGAGAACAGCUGCAGUGUGGCAGGAGAGGAGCAGUUAGCUGAUGGGGAUUUCCUGCUGGAGAUCAGCUUUGCUCUGAUUGAUAGGGAGUUUAGGGAGUUGUUUGGGAUGCUUUUCCAAGUAAACUUCCCAAAGGAGGAGCAGGUUAGAACAUUGCCUCCACACGUCCGCCUUCUGGCCCUGGACUUCCUCUUCUCUUCUCUGAAGUGUCUGGUGUGCCACUUCCAGCCAUUCACCACAGCCCGCACACUGAGCAGCACUCAGCAGGCUCUGGUCUUCCAGCUGGUUGUGUGGUGGCUGGGACAAGUGAGAUUUUACAGAACACAGAGGCGUCCAGUUGU